CAACUGUUUGCAAGUUUGGUGGGGAUUUAUCGAAGGUGAACACUACGCACAUUUCUUACAUCUUCUGCUCGCAAUCAAGAGAUCCGAAUUCACCCUAGCGAUCCACUGCAAAGCAUGGCUCCUUAGACAUUAAUCUUUGUUUGUUUGGUUCAAUUGGCAUAAAUCAAAUAAGAGAUGUGCGACUGGGCGUAGUGUUCACCUUCCUAUCUACACUAGACGUCCCGAAAUCGGAAAUAAUGUGGCCGGUUUAAACCCGACACAUUUCGCCAGAGGAAGAAAGGAAGCUCGCGUUCUUGUAUUUGGUAGGCCCAAAAUACCAUCCCUCUCUUUCUCUGCAUCUGUGCCAUUUUGCAGGUUUGCGAGCCUGGGAGUAAUAUAUUUUUUUUGAUAAGUCUGGGAGUAUUCAAAUCUUCAUUUUCGGGAUCAGACUCUCUCUCUCUCUCGGUCGCGGAGAGCCUUGUACUGCUGUUGUUCAUGGAGCAUCAGAGGCGCCUAGAUCAGAGCCUCCCGGAGAGGAAGGGUCAAAAGCGGAAACUGGAGGAAGAAGUCGAAGAAGGGCGAGAGGUCUCCGUGCCCUCGGGGGAGGCAAGGCGAGCGCUACUCUCUGAGGUGGCUGCGCAGCUUACUAUCCUGAACUCCACCUUCUCUUGGAAGGAAGCUGAUCGUGCCGCGGCCAAGCGCGCCACUCACAUCCUUGCCGAGCUCGCGAAGAAUGAGGAAGUUGUGAACGUGAUUGUUGAAGGCGGUGCGGUUCCGGCUUUGGUGAAGCAUCUUCAAGCGCCGCCUUCAGGCGAAGGUGACCGGAGUCCAAAGCUGUAUGAGCACGAGGUCGAGAAGGGGAGCGCUUUUGCACUAGGCCUUCUUGCUGUGAAGCCCGAGCAUCAACAACUCAUAGUUGAUUCUGGUGCUUUGCCAAAUCUUGUGGAUCUGUUAAAGAGACACAAAUACAGUUCUAGCUCUCGUGCUGUGACUAGUGUCAUUCGUAGGUCUGCCGAUGCCAUCACCAACCUUGCUCAUGAGAAUAGCAGCAUUAAAACCCGUGUCAGGAUGGAAGGUGGAAUUCCACCUCUUGUUGAAUUGCUUGAGUUCGCUGAUACAAAGGUGCAAAGAGCGGCUGCUGGGGCUCUGCGGACCCUGGCAUUUAAAAAUGAUGAAAACAAGAAUCAGAUAGUUGAAUGCAAUGCACUUCCUACCCUCAUUCUAAUGCUUCGAUCUGAAGAUACUGCUAUCCAUUAUGAAGCGGUUGGUGUGAUUGGAAAUCUGGUGCACUCAUCCCCAAAUAUAAAGAAAGAAGUUCUUCUAGCUGGAGCGCUGCAACCUGUAAUUGGAUUACUUAGUUCCUGCUGCUCUGAGAGUCAAAGGGAGGCAGCUUUAUUGCUUGGACAAUUUGCUGCAACUGAUUCUGAUUGCAAGGUUCAUAUCGUACAGAGGGGUGCUGUCCGACCUUUGAUUGAGAUGCUCCAAUCUUCUGAUGUACAGCUCAGGGAAAUGUCAGCUUUUGCAUUGGGGAGGUUGGCACAGGACAUGCACAAUCAAGCUGGUAUUGCUCACAGUGGUGGUUUGGUACCUUUACUGAAGCUUCUUGAUUCCAAAAAUGGGUCUUUGCAACAUAAUGCUGCAUUUGCUCUUUAUGGGCUUGCAGAUAACGAGGAUAAUGUAUCAGAUUUUAUUAGAGUGGGAGGCGUUCAGAAAUUGCAGGAUGGAGAGUUUAUAGUUCAAGCAACAAAAGAUUGUGUAGCCAAGACGUUGAAACGAUUAGAGGAGAAGAUUCAUGGACGAGUUUUGAACUAUCUGUUAUAUCUUAUGCGUGGAGCAGAGAAGGCUGUCCAAAGACGAGUCUCUUUGGCUCUUGCCCAUCUUUGUUCUCCAGAUGCUCUGAGAACCAUAUUUAUUGAUAACAAUGGGUUGGAGUUGCUUCUUGGGCUUCUCGGUUCCUCUAGCCUUAAGCAGCAACUUGAUGGUGCUAUGGCUCUAUAUAAGUUGGCCAACAAAGCCAUGGCUCUUUCUCCUGUUGAUGCAGCACCCCCAUCUCCAACACCGCAGGUCUAUUUAGGGGAGCAGUAUGUAGACAAUCCUACACUGUCUGACGUUACGUUUCUUGUUGAAGGUAGAAGGUUCUAUGCUCACAGAAUCUGCCUGCUUGCUUCGUCAGAUGCUUUCCGCGCAAUGUUUGAUGGUGGUUACCGGGAAAAGGAUGCAAGGGACAUAGAGAUUCCAAAUAUUAGAUGGGAGGUUUUCCAGUUGAUGAUGAGAUUCAUAUACACUGGAUCUGUAGAAGUUACAUUGGAUGUUGCACAAGAUCUUCUAAGAGCUGCUGAUCAGUAUCUCUUGGAGGGACUUAAGCGACUUUGCGAGUAUACUAUAGCACAGGAUAUAUCAUUGGAUAAUGUAUCGAGCAUGUAUGAGCUUUCAGAAGCCUUCCAUGCAAUGUCAUUGAGGCACAGAUGCAUCCUGUUUAUCUUGGAGCAAUAUGAUAAAUUGAGUGCUAGGCCAGGGCACUCUCAUCUGAUCCAGCGUAUUAUACCUGAGAUUCGUAAUUAUGCUAAAGCACUUGCUAAGCCUAAUGCACAUAGGUUGCGGCCGUAGAUUGCUUUCUAUUCUUGAUUCCUAACCAAAAACGAUGUACAGAAAUGGUACUUCUUGUUGGCCCUGUAGAAGUUUCUAGUUUGUUGAUUGUAGUGAGGCUCAUGACUUUCGGAGGCCAGAUUCCUGUUGCUUGCACGCACUGUAAGUUUCUUCUGUAACGCCAUUGUCUUAGAUAUUGCUGUGACUAUUACUGUCAUGAACAUUAUUUUUCUUUCUUCACUGUGAGGGUUGCAUGACUUAACGUGUUGUCUAAGUGUAGGGAAUUUGGCAUUCCCUGAAAGCUGCUUCUUUUGUGCAAUAAUAUAGCUAGGCUGCUAACUGCUCGAGUCUUCUUUGAA